AAUUCCAUGAAAAAAAAAAACAUUUUUCCUUUUAUCUAACACAACCUUUGUUUUGUUUUCCAGAUAACCGCCAUGCCUCGCCUGUCACUUCAAUAUUUAAUUUUAGUUUGUUCACCGUAGAAAUCGCCAUGUCUCUACCAUUUUCCAAUUUUCAGCUCAAUUGAAGAAAGCAACGUUGCUAAUCUAUUGACCUCUCCUUCUUUCUAUAUAUGUGUAUUCUCCCCAAAACUUAAUUUACACAGCUUAAUAACAAUAAUUAGCAUAUUCAACAUUAACUUAAACAAUUAUUUUGGUUUUAUCCAAUGGCGACAGCUAACGAUCCCGAGCAGCUAAUUGCGGGUGAAAAUUCGUCUAAUGAGAUCAACAUCGCUCAAGAGCCACUUUUGAAAGGCGAGCAUCAUGCUGAGAAUUACUCAAUACGCUCCGCAAUACUACCUUUUCUGUUCCCCGCUUUUGGAGGACUGCUUUAUGGUUAUGAUAUUGGAGCCACAUCCUCUGCUACAAUUUCCAUAGAGUCAGCUACAUUGAGUGGAAUUUCUUGGUAUAAUAUGUCUUCUGUACAAACUGGUCUCAUAACUAGUGGCUCACUGUAUGGUGCUUUAAUUGGCUCUGCCGUUGCUUUCCAAAUUGCCGACUGGCUUGGAAGAAGGAGGGAGUUGAUUGUGUCUGCUGUGUUCUAUUUUUUUGGAGCUCUGGUAACAGCAUUCGCUCCUGUCUAUGUUAUUAUGGUAAUUGGGCGCUUGCUGUAUGGUGUAGGUAUUGGACUGGCAAUGCAUGCUGCUCCUAUGUAUAUUGCUGAGACGGCUCCCAGCCAGAUACGAGGACAGCUGAUUUCUCUUAAGGAGUUCUUCAUAGUAUUUGGGAUGCUUGUUGGAUAUACGGCUGGAAGUCUUCUGAUCGAAACUGUUGCUGGUUGGCGAUAUAUGUACGGAGUUAGUGCCCCAUUAGCAGUUAUUAUGGGAAUUGGAAUGUGGUGGCUUCCUUCGUCGCCCAGGUGGAUUCUUCUAUGUGCUAUACAGGGGAAGGGUGAGCUAAAGGGUUUAAGAGAGAAGGCUAUAUGUUGCUUAUGCCAGCUCAGAGGAGCUGCAAUUGGUGAUUCAGCAUCUCGUCAAGUAGAUGACAUUUUGUCUGAGCUUUCACAACUAAGCGAAGAAAAAGAGGCUACAAUCGGUGAAAUGUUGCAAGGAAAAUGCUUGAAAGCCCUAACAAUUGGUGCUGGACUAAUCUUGUUUCAACAGAUAACUGGGCAACCAAGCGUCCUCUAUUAUGCUGCAAAAAUUUUUCAGGAUGCUGGAUUUUCUGCUGCAGCUGAUGCUACCAGAGCUUCAAUUUUCCUUGCACUGUUGAAGCUCAUUAUGACUGCCGUAGCAGUGGUAGUUGUUGAUAAGCUUGGGAGAAGGCCUCUGCUGCUUGGAGGUGUGUCUGGGAUUGCAGCAUCACUUUUCCUCCUGGGAUCAUAUUACACUUACCUGGGUGAUGUACCGGCGGUGGCUGUUACUGCUUUGCUAGUGUAUGUUGGCUGCUACCAGUUGUCAUUUGGUCCUAUUGGUUGGUUGAUGAUCUCAGAGAUCUUUCCCUUGCGCGUUAGAGGGAGAGGGUUGAGUAUUACUGUUCUUGUGAAUUUCGGUGCAAAUGCUCUGGUGGCAUUUGCAUUUUCUCCUCUUCAGGACUUACUGGGGGCUGGAAAUGUAUUUUUCAUCUUUGGUGGCAUAGCUGUUUUAUCUCUUCUAUUCAUCUUCUUCAUCAUACCAGAGACAAAAGGGCUCACUUUGGAAGAGAUUGAGGCGAAAUAUCUUUAGAACUCUCAUCUUAGAACAAAAUUCCCGUACUUAAAUUGUCUCCAUGUCAGAAUACUUGGGGCAAUCAAGUUUGUUGUAUUAUUGCGCUCUCUAACACCAGUAUACAUAAUGGAGGAUUUGUAAUUAGCCUUGCUGUGUAUCACAUCGUAUAUGUAUUAUGUCACACUACUUUGAGCUAAAGGAAAAUAUGGCAAGAAUGCGUCAAUAUGCUGUUUAACUUGAUUCCCAGCUUUAGGGACAAUUUUUCAGCAUGAAUAUGUGUCGAAUACCAGUAAUGUUAAUAUAUCCUUUUCUCUA